UCGACCGCAAAGCAUAUGGACCAUAGCAACAUCAACUGCAGCGGCCAUGGCGCCGAGAUUGAGGCGCUGCUGUGGCGGCAGCAGGAGCUCGUGACCCAGCUCCGGGCGCUCAUCCUUCCACAACUCCACGACGUCGAUAGCGGGUCGGCCGAACUCGCCCUCCAGCUCUUUGACGACGUCAUCGGCUGCAACACCAGCGUCGUAUCAAAGCUCUUCAGUGCUCGAGGUGGAGCGUCAUUCGAGCCUGUCGACGACAAGUCCUUGGUGAGGAAGAACAGUACUAGCACGACCACUACCACUGCCCAUGAUGAUCGCAUGGAUGAAAGAUUGGAGCAACAGACGAUGCAUAGUAGAAGCGCUGGUCGAAAGAGAAGGAGGAACGAAGGUAAGCGAUCAAGAUCUCUCGUGACAAAUGUUCCGGAUUAUGACGGUCACCAGUGGAGAAAAUAUGGGCAGAAGAAGAUCAAUGGAAGCCAACAUGCUAGGAGCUACUACAGAUGCACCUUCACGGAACGGAACUGCCCGGCAACAAAGACAAUCCAGCAGCAGGAUAAAGACGGCGGCAGUGUUAAUUAUUCCACAGAUGCCAAUGGGGAUGAAGCUGCAAAAUACACUGUGGUGUACUACAGUGAUCACACCUGCAAAGCCAGCGACAUCAUGAGCAACAACAACAUUGCCGACCAUGUGCCUAAUCUUGUAGAUAUUGACUGUCCCAGCACUGGGAAAACAGAAAUAUUAACGGCAGAUAUCACAGAGUGGGAGACGGAAUUGGAUGUGCCGGCUCUGCUAGAGGUGUUCAACAAUUCUCUUCUUAAUUGGGAGGUGAUAUGCUAGCUAGCAGUAAUAUUAGUUCAGCUCAGGCAUUUCUUUGUUGAUGAUUAUUAAUAGAUCAUCGGAAUUUUCGUAAAAGAGUACUACCCCGUCCUCCAAGAUAUACAACGCUCCCAAGUACUCCCUUUGUCCCAGAAUGUAAUGCGCCCAGAACUUUUUGCUGGUCAUCAGCUUAAAA